AGGGAGGCGAGAGAGAGGGAGGGAGAGAGAGUACGAUGAUGAAGAAGGAGAGCAGCAGCAAGAAUGGAGGAGAGAAUGGAGAAGGGAACGAGAGGGUGCGAACGGCGGAGACGUUGAUGAGGGUGGUGCCGAUGGGUCUGUGCCUGACGGCUCUGGUGGUGAUGCUCCGGAAUUCCGAGUCCAACGACUACGGCUCCCUCUCCUACUCCGACCUUGGCGCUUUCAGAUACUUGGUGCAUGUGAAUGGCAUAUGUGCGGGGUAUUCGCUGCUCUCAGCUGUUAUAGCGGCCAUGCCUCGCCCUCCAACCAUGUCCAGAGCUUGGACAUUCUUCGUCCUUGACCAGGUCCUCACUUACGCAAUACUGGCUGCGGGAGCUGUGUCGACGGAGGUACUGUACCUGGCAUACAAGGGGGAUGCGGCAAUCACGUGGAGCUCUGCGUGCGGGUCGUUCGGAGGGUUCUGCCACAAGGCGACGGCAUCUGUGGCCAUCACCUUGGCAGCAGCUGCUUGUUACGCGGUGCUUUCGCUCAUGUCUUCGUACAGGCUCUUCAGCAGAUUUGAUGCCCCGGUUCCUUGCACCAGCAAGGGCAUUGAAAUCCCAGCCUUCCAAGGGUGAAAGUAGAACCUUCUGUGUGUGAGUUCCUCGUUGAGGGGUUGGGUUUCUUGGCAGUUGCUUAAUAAACAAAGCAACAAAGCUAGUAUGUCACGGUAUAGCGUCUCAAUGUGGCAUUUGGAAUCCAAUUAAGACAAGUCCAUGUUCGUCC